AUGUUCAAGUGGUAUCAAAAUGCAGCAGUGUGCUACACCUACUUCAAUGACGUAUCGUUCUCUGCACCGAACGAGAGCAUGUUCUUGAGCGAUCGGCAGGACCGUCGCGGAAAAGCGAGCGAAUGGUUCGAGAGAGGAUGGACUUUGCAAGAGCUAUUAGCGCCACGCGAGAUACAGUUUUACGACAAGCGCUGGAAAUUUAUGGGUACACGGGGUGAGCUCGCAAAGCUGGUCGGAAGAGUUGCGGGAAUCAGUCCGGAUUACCUGAGUGGAAAACGCGAGCCGAGUGAUGCCAGUUGCGCAAUGAAGAUGAGCUGGAUGGCCGGACGUGUCACACAGCAAAUUGAGGAUAUUGCGUACAGUCUCAUUGGACUUUUUGACGUCCAUCUCAACCCAAUGUAUGGCGAGGGGACAAGAGCGUUCAUGAGGUUGCAAGAAGCGAUCAUGAAGGAGUUUGAGUGUUUUGACGAAUCUUUAUUUGCAUGGGAACGACCGCAAGAUUGCGUUUUGCGAUGCUUUCAAAACGAGCCUCGUGUCCAGGUUUUCAAGCACGACAAGUGGGGACUUCUCGCACCGUCACCGGAUUGUUUCAAGAAAUCAGGCAACCUCUUCGUACAAAAGAGCCUGGUUGAGACGAGGCCAGCUGGUGGGUUUCGAACAUCACACCAGGGCAUCUUCUUCACGCUGCCGUCAAAAGAAGUGAAUCGUACCUUCGGCGGCACUCGUAGCGAGAUCGAUCUCCCAUUGAAUUGUUGGAGGAUCGGUAGCGGCCGCGCGCCCGAGACUAUCGUCUUACAGCUUGCCAGGAUCGCAGGUGGAGAGAUAGUCCGGACUCAGUGUGAUCGUCUUGGUUCGCGGAAAGGCGCUCAAGUGAGCGGCAAAGCAGGCGUAGUAGUCGCAGUUGCUCAACCGCGAAUUGGGCAGCACUGGAAACAGUAG